AAUUACGAAGGCGGGGUCGGGAUUGCCCGCGCGCGCUGGCCGUGCCCCUUCCUGGUCUGAAUUACUGGCUGUCAAACAACCGCGGAGCGCCGGCCCGGGCCGGAGCCCGAGGGUCCCGGACGCCGCACAGGCCAGCGCUGUUUGAAGAGACCACUCCGAGACUGCACCGCGCGAUUGAAGUCUCCUGGAAUACUUUGCGGCCUGAGGUUCCGAUUCAUCCAAGGUGCCAUAGGACGUGAUCGGUUUUGGCACUGCCUCGGGACUUUCCCCAAACUUUUCAGCUUUGAAGCGUCUUGACAGCCAAUUUUGCAUCGCGUGCCUAGGAUCCUUGAACUCUGAAUUUGCACUGCUCUGGGACUGUGCUUCAAAAUUGAAAUUGCACAAAGCAUAGCUCAAGUUUGCAUCAGACAGAAAGUGAACCUAGGCCACCGUGCAUGGCUCAGGAGUUUGGAAAGGUGAUGAAUCCCUGAAGUGGAAGAGGUGGUGUGGAGUGGGCACUGCCCAUGCUGCCCUGCUUCCAGCUGCUGCGAAUAGGGGGCGACGGGGGCGGUGACCUCUACACUUUCCACCCUCCAAGCGGGACUGGCUGCACCUAUCGCUUGGGCCACCGGGCGGACCUGUGUGAUGUGGCCUUGCGGCCCCAACAGGAGCCUGGCCUCAUCUCUGGAGUCCAUGCGGAGCUGCACGCUGAGCGCCAGGGUGAGGACUGGAGAGUCAGCCUGGAGGAUCACAGCAGCCAAGGGACUUUAGUCAACAAUGUCCGACUCCCAAGGGGUCACAGGCUAGAAUUGAGUGAUGGUGACCUUCUGACCUUUGGCCCCGAAGGGCCCCCAGGAACCAGCCCCUCGGAGUUCUACUUCAUGUUUCAACAAGUCCGAGUGAAACCUCAAGAUUUUGCUGCCAUUACCAUCCCACGGUCUAUGGGAGAAGGACGAACUGGAGCUGGUUUCCGGCCCAUUCUGCCCCCCCAGGGGGCUCCACAGCGUCCCCUCCUCACUCUGUCUCCUGCACCAAAAGCCACACUGAUCCUCAACUCUAUAGGCAGCCUCAGCAAGCUCCAGCCCCAGCCUCUCACCUUCUCCAGGAGUGAACCACAGAGCCUGCCUGCUCACACUCCCCCUGGGGAAAAGGGGAUCACCCCUUCUGCCCCAAACCCAAGAAAUAGGAGGAAAUCUGCUCACCGAGUGCUGACAGAAUUGGAUGAUGAGAGAGAGUCUCCUGAGAGCCCCCCACCAGUCCUUAGAGAGCCCAGGAAGAAACUGUGUCGAGAAGACCCCACUGACACCCAGUGGGAGGGAAUGACUACAGGACAGGGGUCCACUGCUAUGGAUUCAAGGUCUGGAACAGGCCCUCAUGGCAAAGGUGACAGAAGAGAUGGUUUCCUGCCAAAGAUAAUGCUGCCUUCAGGAAGUUGCCAGUGAGUUGGAAAUUCCCACUAUUCCAAGUCAUAGGUCCUGUCAUGGACCCUAGAAAAUCUGUGAUCAGAGCACUCAUCAGCUGCAGAAACCAUCCAUUCCUGGGAAUAUGUAAACCCCAGAGCUGAACAAGUGAGUUCUCAACUUGGAUGGCACCACCUAAGGCAUUCUGGGCAAAGCUAGGGCACAGCCCCCAAACUGUAAUCCUACCACUUGACCAUGUUUGUGGCCUGGCUUUUCAGAGGUUUGCUUUCAUUUCCAAAUAAAGAAUGGGUCUUAUGCUC